UUUACCAUCCGGUGAACAGACUAUAAUGUCUAUGAUGUAACUUGUGCACGAGCGCACGUCGUCGUUGACCAAAACCUGUGUUACUUCUGGAUUUUAUUCCCAAGUUUACAGUGUUGAUAUGCCUUUAAACAAGAAACAUAUUUCAGCUUAAACAUGGGUGGAUGGAAAUUAGAGACUGCCCGAAUGGGCAUCUACGUGUUCUUCCCUGUGGCAAUGUUCUACUGUUUUAACAGGACAGAGCUGUUUGAGAAAUACGUCACAGACAAAAUUAAGUUAAUGUAUCCUCCAGAGAGCAAAAUGCAUAGGAAAGAGUUUGACGAGCUGAGAGACAAGAUGGAGGAGAGGGUAGCAACCAAGCAGAAGAAGCAAGAAGAGCAGAGCUUGCAUCUCAUGGAGGCGGCAAGGACUUCACAGUCCUCCUAGUGUCAUCCGCAUCGAGGAUGAGAUUAGAG